GUGUAUCAAUCCACUUCCAUCAGUUUGUUUACAAACAGUUUACAAGGAAAACCUAACCACAAAUAUGCCUGAAAAGAAAAUAAGUACAAUGUAAGUAAAUUGCUUCUAAAAUAGUAAUAAAUACGAAACCAUGAGUACUUUAUACGAAACCAAGCGGAAUUUGGAGCUUUCCAUGACUGAAGAAUUAAAAAAACAGUACUUUUCAUUGCUCAAAAAAUGGUUUCUGUUUAGCGGUUCAAUCACUAAAACACAGUUUGAUAGUGUUGUGAGAAGUCUUUUGACCACUAAAGAGCAGAUAAGAAACCAUAACGCCCUCAUGAUUGCAUUAUUUAAGAAGGUCAAUAAUUCAAGUUUUAAAGAAAUUCAAGAAAAUUCUUCUGAUGGAGGCAGUUUUGAAAUGGCAGAGAAUGUACCUCCUUCCAGUCCUGCUACAAUGCCUCCUGCAGAUUUCGAGAAUCGAUCAGCUGCCUCAGAACUAUUCUUACCAGACAGCAGUUUUAUUGCAAUGAGGAUUAACAUAAAUGCCUGGGAGAAUGAGUUGCAUGGAGUCGAAGAAGGAGUUGCUGAAAUGAUGAUACAAGCUUGUCAGAUAUUUGUUAAAAAUAUCAUUACUGCAAUGAUAUCAAGAAAAAAAGGGUACAAAAUUAGGGAUGGAAAGCUCCAGUAUGGAUUUGAAAUGCCAGUGCCAGAUCCCCUUGUUAGGAAUACAAACAAUAUUAUUGAUAGCACUCAAGAAUCAAAGGUUGAAGUUUCUAAUGAAGAAGAUUGUUUUAUACCAUCACGUGUUGCUUCUUUGGAAAAUGUGGAACAACAAACCGCAUUUGCUUAUUCCUGUGGACAUAAUAAUAAUUCUGAUAAUACAUUGACUGUACAAUUAUUAUAUGAUACAUUAAGAGAUAAUCCCAAUAUUCUUGGUUUACAUUCUAUACAUAGCAUUAAUUUACUUAAGUUAGGAUUACAAAUUGAAGAAGCUGUGUAAAAAAGUAUCAAAUAAAUACCCUGAAUUCUA